AUGGCAAGUAGUAAUACGUCUGUUGUACCCCCUAAUACGUCUGUCGUACCCCCUAACAAUGCUCACGGGGAGAAACAGGAAAAAUUCACGGGAGUGGAUUUUAAGAGAUGGCAACAGAAAAUGUUAUUCUAUCUCACGACUCUGAAUCUAGUUAAAAUCUUGAGAGAAGAUGUUCCAACUGUUGAGGAGAAGGAAACAGAUUCUCAAAAACGAGCAGCAUUCGAUGCUUGGAGUCAUAGUGACUUCUUGUGCAAAAAUUAUAUCCUCAAUUGCCUUGACAACACACUAUACAACGUAUAUUGUUCCGUCAAAACGGCUACAUUACUAUGGGAGUCAUUGGAAAAGAAGUACAAAACAGAAGAUGCCGGAUUGAAGAAAUUCGUUGUAGGCAAAUUCCUGGACUUCAAAAUGGUAGAUUCUAAAACAGUAGCUGCAAUUAUCGAAAAAUUACCACCAAUGUGGAAAGAUUUCAAGAACUACCUGAAACAUAAACGCAAGGAAAUGGGACUUGAAGAUUUGAUUAAAAGGAAGCACCCGAAUAAUAGCAAGCAAAAGAGCAAGGCUAAGAAAUUCAAAGAAGAUUGCAAUGACUGCGGUAAACCUGGUCAUAUUGCAAAAGAUUGUCGGCAGAAAAAGCAAAACAAAAAGGACGAAGUGCACUUGACUGAAGAAGACAGACUGUCUAACGGAGUGUCUGAACUAAUGCUCUCGGCUAUUGUAUUUGAAGCAAACAUGGUUGAUAAUCCGAGAGAAUGGUUCGUUGAUACUGGCGCUACUCGUCACGUUUGUGCGGAUAAGAAGAUGUUUUCAUCUUACACUCCUAUCAAUGGAUGA